AUGAGCGGGCUUUCAGCUCAAAGCGUGGCGAAUGUGUGGCAGGCUUCUGCGAAUAUGGUCGUGGCGGGCGAAGCAGUGCUAGCGGCCACACCCGCAAGCAGCAAAGCGAAAGCUACAGGGCCCUCCGCACAAGGGCUGAGCAACAGCGUCUGGUCACCUGCUGUUCCAGAGCUGUUUGAGCAGCUUGCGCUGGCUGCUGUGGUGGAGAUCACGAAGUCUCGAGUGUGGGAGUCCAGCGAACAGAACACUGCCAACAGUGGUCGAAGUUUCGCCAGCCCAAGUCACAGGCAGACGACGUCGCUCAAUGCUCUCUCAGCUCAGGCAAGAGAAACGUUGCUGGGCUGGCAGGAGCAGGGCCUCUCCAACCUUGCGUGA